AUCCUCUUCUUUUUACUUACCUUUCAUCUGAACACUGGCUCUUGGCUCACAGCGAACAGUAGGAAAAGAUCGUGGAAAAUACCAGGCUGAGAAAAAUGACUGUACCUUCUUUAUUUCACGGAUUUCUGGUGAUCUGUCUCAUUUCAGGAGCUUCUGCCUUGGAAUGCAUCAGCUCUACUCUUAUUCAACGUAACUACCCCCUUAACGAAACAGAGUUUCAGAUUUCCUCAGAAACUAAAAAGAUCAUCUGUUCCAUGGAUGAAAAUGCUUGUGAGGAGGUGCAGCUGAUACUCAAGAUAGACAGAAAUGCUUUGUUAGUAACCCACAGAGGCUGUGCUAUCAAGGACCUGUACAGUGGCCCAGAAUCCAUCACCACUGGUCAUCAGCACUACAACAUCCAGUCCAACAUGAGCUAUUGUUUCCAUGACCUCUGCAAUGCAAACUUCACAGAUGAAAUAAUCCUUCUGAAUCCUGAUGACUACAAAGCAUCUGGAGCCAACGAUUCAGCCCAGUGUUAUUCCAGCCUCAGUUUUGACUCUUCAGAAGCUAUCCAGGACCACGUGAGAUGCAGCGAAGGCUACAACCGGUGCUCUUCUGGCAUAAUCAGUGUCACAGACGGAAGUAUUUCUGUGCUCAUCUACACCAAGGCUUGCCAGCAGCACCCCAACUGUACUGUCCCCCAGAAACAAUCCUUUGGCUCCAUAGCAAUCAUCAGCGAGAGCAGCUCCUGUUGUGUGGGCAGUUACUGCAAUCAAAACGAAACUGCAACUCGCGUCCCGGACAGCGUAGAAGCUUCUAGAGAAAGCCCUGAUUACGGCAACAACCAUUUCCCCUUGGAUCCAAAUUCGGACAGUGACAGUGAGGACCACAAAGCUCAUGACCCUUGGAGCACUGAUCCCCAGUUUCCUGUCCCUGCAUUUAGGCCCUUCAUUCUUGUCUCAAGAGCUCCCUCUCUUGCAUUUUGCUCCCUUGUCAUAGUCCUAGGAUGUACGAUCCUGGGGAUAUUGUGGUGAGAUAUGGGAUCCCCUUGAUUCAAAGUCUGGGAAAGAUGGCUUGCAGCCAUAGAUAUCCGCAGGAGGGCAAUGGAAACAAAUGAUGAAUCGCGUAUGGCAAUGGUGCAACAGAAAUUCCUUUAAGUUCCUGCAUCAAAGCAAGGGGCUAUCUCUGCUUGUUUGUUUUAAUGGAUCUGCUACUCUGCCCUGUCCAUCUCACCUAAGCCCAAAUGCUUCCUGCUAUAUCCUUGAUUUUAGCUAAAAGGCAAGGAAACAUAAAAAAACAGAUUACAGCCCAACCGUCGUGAGAUGAUCAGGUUCAGUUCCUUGUUCCUUAGCAGCUUUAGAUCAGGCCCAUGUAAUUGAUCUGUUACUUAAUACGAAUUGUACUUAAUAAAGAUGAAACAGGAUCAAA